AUGGGUCGGGAGAAAGCAACGUCCGGUGGAAAGGGGAACAAGAACAGACCGCGAUCCGACAGAGCUCGCAACGACAGAGGCAACGGCAAGAGGAGAGACGACAACGCAGAAGGCGGCCGCAAGCCAAAGAGGGAGGAAUACAACACGGAAGGUGCUAGACGCCAGAGCUCUGUACUAAAACGGAAUCGUGCUUCGCGUGAACGUAUUACUGUUCCUGGUGCUCCUCGGGAGUCUCGUCACAUUGGUAGAACAAUGGGCAGUCAAACGCAGGAGCGUACUGCUGGAUCCCUCAUGUCGCAAGCCACCACUGCAGCUCAACGUUGGUUCUAUACGUUGGUCAGACAAGGCGGUAUUUUGAAUAUUCGCACGAAGUUCGUGAAUGACCUUGCUACCUAUCAGCUAGCGCGUGCAACGAAAAGGGCUUUUGACGACGAAGCUAACGCUGACUUUAAUCGUUAUCCUGACGUCACUCUCCACGAUCAUACUCGAGUUGUCCUAAAAAAUGGUCCGGAUGGAAGCGACUACGUGCACGCAUCUCAUGUAAAGGGCGCUGAGUUUUCAAUGAUUUGCGCGCAAGGACCAGUUGAAAGUUCAAUCGACAACUUCUGGACAAUGGUUGUGGAGCAAAACUGCGGAGUGAUUGUUCAGCUCUGUGAAAACCAAGAGGAGGGCCGUGAGAAGUGUGCUGACUACUUACCAACUGAACCCUCGGAAUUCGGGAACGUGUCUGUGAGCGUUAAGGAACCAUCACACGUGACUGUGGCCAAUCCAAGUGUGCACAGGACGGUACUCGAGGCAUCGCUUCCAAACGGGCGAACUGUAGAGGUCGUUCACUUGCUCUACGACGGUUGGCCAGACCGUGAUGUGCCUCUCUCGCCAGCUGCCUUCCGCCAACUUCGUGGGACAGUACACAAACUUGCAAUGGCCCGUAAAUGCACUGUGCUCAUCCACUGCAGUGCAGGGAUUGGAAGAACCGGCACUUAUGCAGCCAUCGAGAUGGCGUAUCGGGACCUGAUUGCCAACGACCGUGAGAUACAAAUGUCGACAAUACUCCAAAGACUGCGUGACCAACGUGCACUUGCCGUCCAAACUGAUUUGCAGUAUGUCUUCCUUCAUCGUGCGAUCAUCGACAUGGCAUUGGACAAAGGCCGAUUAACUCGGGCAGACAAAGCUGCUGGUGUCGACCAAUUCAUUAGGGAGUACGAGGAACUGAUACAGAGAAAGCGAAAGGCACGCAAAGAAUUGGAGAGGAAGCACAGAAGGAGACAAGGAUGAGAAGGAAAUGUGAUUGAUAUAAAUUGUUGAUAUUGUAUCUUUCCCAGAUUGUUGGCUAAACUGAUAUUAUAUAUUGUUGACUUCCCUCAUAUUUGUUCUAUUGUUUGAUUAUCUUAUUCAUAUUCUUAUAUUUGUUUGUAAAUUAUUUUAGAAAAAUAAAUGCUUGUCAGAAGAAUUUUUCAGUUUUUAAAGGUUAGUGG